AUGAAGGGUAUAAAUCAGUUAAUUUUAGGACUGUUGGAUCCUCAAGAUGAAAGUAUCAACGAACUUGACAAGUCUUUGGAUCCUGAGCCAACUGAUGCGAACGUUUCUAGCGAACCUCAGAAAUUAAAUAAUAAAAAGAUAAAAUCAUCUUCCGACGAUACGAAAAUUGUUAACCUUGAAACUAAUGAAAAUAGAAGAGAAAAUGCACCACUUUCAUCAACAAGCAUGGCAAGCAGAGACGGUGAAGUCGAGAAUUUAAAUUAUGCUGACAGAAGACCACAACACCGUGAUGCUGAAAACGAGGCAUCAACCUUGCCGUACUGCCCGCCUGAUCUAAACAAGAACAUUACAGAGAUAUUCAAGAAACUUGUGAACAUAUAUAGAGCAUUGGGUGAUGACCGGAGAUCUUUUAGCUAUUACAAGGCUAUUUCAGUGAUUGAGAAGUUGCCAUUUAAAGUUGAAAGUGCAGACCAGAUAAAAAACCUCCCGUCAAUUGGAAAGUCAAUGAAGGAUCAUGAGAUAAUCACUACUGGGAAGUUAUUGAAAUUGGAACACUUUGAAACUGAUGAAAAGGGUGCAAACAAUAUCGUUAUUUGGAGAAGUAUGGGGUAUAGGUCCAGCCACAGACUCUAA